AUGAAUUCUAAGCCGAGACAAGGGUCACCGAGCUCUUUGGACAAACCAACAGCAAAGAGGUCGCCAUCAAUUUUAGUUACCGAUGUGAGAAGUCACCAAGUUAAAGGAGCACGAGCACCGUUUGCUGGCCAGAAUUUCAAGAAGCAACAACAACAGUUGCAAAAGCAGUUGCAGCAGCUGCAACAACAGCUGCUACCGCAGUCGGGCUAUAGCUUUGAGCAGCUGCAGCACCAGCUUGCACUUCUGAAGAGACUAGCAUUUAGGAACAAGUUCACAGAUAUAUCUGUUGACAAGUUGUUAAGUAAUUCGAGCGAUAUACCGUCAGGUCAAAGUAGAAUGCCGCCAAUGCUAGGGUAUUCUAAACAAUUGGGGUAUAAUACUCUGCGCAGGUCGUCUUCAUCCCCACCACCACCACAACAGCAAUCACUUUCGUCAACACUCUCGCGCCAUUCAAAUUUUCCCAAUACAGAAUCAAGGCGAAAUAUUAGGAGUAUUCCAAAGCUUUCUCAAUCUUUACCUCCUAGAACAUCCAAGACAUCUCAGAAAUUAGUAUUAAUACCAGAUCGCCAUCAUACUGGGUCGCCUCCUUUAAAUCAAGAGUUGAGUCUGCCCCAGACCCUGUCAGAGGCCGCUGCCGCUGCCGACUUACUGGCGCAGAUUAUGCGAUCUAGAGCAGAGCUCAUGCCUAAGGAAAAACGUGCCCAGGAGUUUAGUCGCAUGACGGCAUACUUUAUAUGUGAAGAAAUCAGCUUGUCUGAUGUUGCGAAAUUUUUGAAAAAAAAUCAUGAAGUGAAGCCAAGAUUGUAUGAUGAGGCAUUGUAUGUGCCAUAUGCAUUACCAUUGUUGCCGGGAAACGAUGGAUUAAGAGUCAAGUCCAACAACUCAUCAAAGUUGCAAGCAAAGAGCAAGCACAUGGAAAAAAUGAUAAUCAAGUCAGAGCAAACCGAUCAUUUAUAUGAAUACUAUUCUGGAGUUGAAACACCUGAAGAUGCCAAUAAUUACUCAAUGGAUCCCGAGGUGGAAAACUACGAAAACAACACCCCUUUUGAUCCAUCAGAACCUCAAUUUUUUGCUCCUCCUUUGGAAAAUAGAGACGAUGAAUAUAGGUCGAAUGGAAGCGAUCAAACUCUGCACGACACAGAAGAAGAAGAAGAGGAAGAAGAAGAAGAAGAAGAAGAAGAAGGUUCUACUAAGCAAAAGAAAAAAAGAAGAUUCACCGAUACCAACAGCUCUUCCUCAUCGCUCAGUACCCAAUCAGAUGUUUCCAAGCAUCACGCUGAAAUGUUUGUAUUUUCCUAUGGAAUUAUUGUUUUUUGGAACUUUUCUGAAAUUCACGAGAAGAAUAUUCUUGCAGAUUUGGCAUUUUCAGACGAAGAUUUGCUCAUUAAUCCUAUUGAUGAAGAGGAUAUUGAAACCGAGGAGUUCCAUUUUGAGUACGACAAUCAAAUCCAUAGACCGAGGAUCUACAACGAUAUGAUUACUUUACGUUCGGGAGAUCAUUUGAUAAAGUUGACGAUGUCCUAUGCAAUUGCUCAGCUGACGAAACUUGGACUAUUUGAAAGUCGCAUGGUGAAUAUCUUACAUCUGAUUAGCAAAUUACCUAAAAAACUAGCUUUGACUGGUCGCAUUGGUCUCAAGAGAAAUCAACUUUUAAAAAAAUCGGGAAAAUUGUUCAAACUACGAGUCGAUGUCAAUUUGUCUAGCUCAAUCUUGGAUACGCCCAAAUUCUUUUGGUCGUUUGAACCUGCUUUGCAUCCACUAUACACAGCUGUUCGCGAGUAUUUAGAAAUUGACCAAAGAGUUCAAGUCUUGAACGAUAGGUGUAAGAAACAUAUGCCAUUAGAGUCACGAUAUGCCGGUCAGUGUUCUGAUAAUGAAAACAAAAAGUACCAUGUUCAGUGUUGCGGGAGUGUGCCGCCGUCUUUUCUGAUAGUUCCGGAACCAGAAGAAGAUAUAGACAUGAUGGAUGAUGGAGAAGAUAAUCAUAUACAUUCUAUUCUCAAACGUAACAACAACGAUUUUGCCCAAAGUAAUACUAUAAACUAUGAGGACCCAGAUCUUAUGAUUAUGGAACAAUCACCGGACUUUGAAAUUAUUGGGGGAAAUAUAUCGUUUUUAAUAGUCGAUUCUAAUUUCUUUAUUGCACAUUUGGAUAUCAUUGAAGAGUUGAAAAAUUUAUCCAUGAAGUUUCAACUAAAGAUCGUGAUACCGUUUUAUGUUCUACAUGAACUCGAUGGGUUGAAGAGAUGUCGCGGGGAUACAGGAUUAUCCGGUUCUAAUAAAGAUGUAAGCGCUCUUGCGAAACGAGCUAAUGAUUGGAUAUUUACUGAACUAGCGCAAAGUCUGUCAGUUGUCAAAGGUCAGAAACUAAGUCAGAGGAUUAACAAAGAUGCUAUCAAGGAUGACUCUAUACUAGAUUGUUGUCUCUAUUUUCUGCAGCGGUAUUCAACCAAUUUGGUAGUGCUUUUGACAGACGACAGGAAUUUGAGUUCAAAAGCCCUAGCGAAUGACUUGUCGACAAUAAUGUACCAGCAUGAUAUAGAUGCAGCUUUCAUUGCUCAAAAAUGUCUCGAGGAAAACGUAGCAAGAUUUGGUAAGCGGGAUAAAAUUGAGGUGGUUAGUGAUGGGAAUGGAAUACCAUUGAACUUAGUUGCUGCGAAAUCUGAGCCCACCCAACCACUAAGGUCAACAAAAGAAUGGGAAGAUAAAGUUUUACUGGUGGAUAAUUUCAACUCAAAAGAUGAAGUACUUACUGCAUUAUAUAAUGAAAUGAAAACGGUGCUAAUAUCUGCUUUACAUCGCUGUAUGGUUGUUGAGUUUAAGGAGGAUUUAGACUUGGUUAGAGAUUAUAAUAAGGAAGAUGUGGUAUCAUUAAGGGAUUGCAGUCAAUUACUUAUACGGUUCUGGAUGACUGUUUUUCAGCAAUACUUUCGAGCGAUGCCAGGAAAGUUUGUGCCGUUUGAAGAGGAAGGAAGCGGACGAAAUAUUAAGAGAAAACCAGUUUACACUGAUAUACCAGAGGAAAAUGAUGUCAAUAAAUUUGUGACAUUUUGGAGCGCAACAUUGAUGGUGAUAUAUAACGGGGUGAUGGAUGACACUCAAACUUCUGCUUUAGAGAUAUUGGUUAAGAGGUGGAACAAAAUGGCAGCAUUAGUAGCUUAG